CGUGCCUGGGGUUGGCAGGCACGAACAAGGGUUCUUUUUGGUUUGAUCCGACUCCAGUGACUUCAACUUCAGACGUCCACUUGCAUGUUUUCCCCAAUUUAAAACUUGAACAUCUCUGUUUCACUUUCACUCCCUAAUCGCCUCUCUUUUACCAUUUAUAUUGCCCUUGCACUUCCGUGGAGUUUUCAAGUCACACUCCCCUCAGAGGAAGCGCAGUCACCAUGGGCAAAAAAAAGAACAAGAGCAAAGGUCAGCGCGGCGUUGCGGCUGCCUUGGCCACCUUCCAGGGCGACUCGAUGGCCAUUGAUACCGAAAACACCAGCAUUCAGAAUCCAACUGCUCCGGCAGACGGUGAAUCGACGCCAACCACAUCAUCUGGCAGUCUUAAACGCCCAUGUCCCGAGGAUGACAAUGAAGACGACGGCGGUUGGCAGACAAUCGAAAAUGGCCGGCCAGUAAAGAAACUGAAGAAGAUUCCUGGUCAAGAAUCAAAACGCUAUCCCGGCAUCCACUUCUCGACACAGGCCAGGCUUUUCUCCAAGAUCAACGUCUCUUCUUUACGCGACCUGAUCCUGUACAUCUUUGCCGAUGGUCCUGCUCCGCAAUGGGUGUCUGUCAAGCAUCGCCCCGAGUUCAGAAAGAUCGUGGCCAUCAUGGUACCGGGUCUUGACGAGGCCAUGUUCAAGAAGGGUCUCGACUUUUCCGCCUACACCGGCCCCCCUCCUGAUCAAGCGAUCUCUGGGGGCGCGCCUGAUCCUAAUGAGUACUAUCCACGCGAGCUCAAGAAGGAGUUGUUGCCCGAAGUGCUACAGCCCUUCGCCGACAUGUUCCCGCAUUUGUGGCCUGUAAAAGCUCCAGGUGACGACAAGUAUGGCAAGUUGCACUCACCGAUGCCUGCAAUGCUUACCGCGCCCCUCCCCAAGAACAAGGGAGCGGGAGUCCAGCCCGUAUCCGAGCCCAACGGCUGGAAAAAUCAGCGAACACGCAUUACCGAGCUUUUGGCCAACAACGAGGAGCUGAUGGAGAACGGCUUCCCCGUUCACCCAGCUAUGCUGAAGCCAGGGGAGAAGAGAGAUAAGUUCAAGGACCCCGAAGGCUGGGUGCAUACAAGAGUCGAGAAUCUUGAGGAUGGAAAGGUCCCUGAGGGCGAAGUGCAGCAGGGCAGUGUCACCGCAGGCCGGGAAGUCUAUGCCCUCGAUUGCGAGAUGUGUGUGACGGGGGAGGCCGAGUAUUCACUUACCAGAAUCAGCUUGGUUGCUUGGGACGGCAGCGUUGUUCUCGAUGAACUGGUCAAGCCGGACAAGCCUAUCAUUGACUAUGUGACACGGUUCUCAGGUAUCACCAAAGAGAUGAUCGACCCUGUUAACACGACAUUGAAGGAUAUCCAGGCACGCUUGCUCGACAUUCUUGGCCCUCGCUCGAUUCUCCUCGGUCACUCGCUUGACUCUGAUCUUAAGGCGCUCAAGCUCGCUCACCCCUUCAUUGUCGACACCUCGCUUCUCUUCCCGCACCCUCGCGGACCCCCUCUCAAACAAUCGUUGAAGUACCUCGCACAAAAGUUCCUCAACCGCGAAGUCCAAAAGGGCGGCGGAACCAACGCUGGACACGACAGUAUCGAAGACGCCAAGACAUGUCUCGACCUCGUCAAGAGGAAGUGCGAGAAGGGCAAGGCAUGGGGUGCCGGAGAGAGCCAGGGCGAGAACCUCUUCAAGCGCCUCGCUCGCGCUGGCACGGCAUAUCGCUCGACCGCUGGUCCGGAAGCCACGGGCGGCGCUCCUGUCGGCAAGAGCAGCGCGGCAGUUGACUGGGGUGACGUGAGCAGAAGCGCCGGCAACGCCGCCACUGUGACCAUCUCCUGCAAGUCGGAUGCCGAGGUCGAAGCCGGUAUCCUCCGCGCGGUCAAGGGCGAUCCCGACGGUCUCGAAGUUCCCGGCGGCGGCGUCGAUUUCGUCUGGGCGCGCAUGCGUGAGCUCGAGGCUCUCCAAGGAUGGUGGAACCGCAACAAGCUCGUGCCCGAGGAUGCUGGCGGCCCGCCAGCUGUCACUGAUGGUGAGAAGGAGGAGGAAGAAAAGGAGGAUACCGUAUCACCCCUGGAAACUUGCCUGAAGACGCUCGGCGAGCGCUUGAAGCGCAUCUACGACAACCUCCCGCCCUGCACGGCCUUCAUCGUCUAUACCGGCACCGGCGACCCGCGCGAGAUGAGCCGGCUGCAGGCCAUGCAGGCCCAGUUCAAGAAGGAGUACAACACGCCUGGCUCUAAGUGGGACCAGCUGAGUGUGCAAUGGACGGACAGGGAGGACCAGGCUCUGCGCCAGGCUUUGAAGGUGGCCAGGAGCGGUAUUGGCUUUAUUGGAGUCAAAUAGGCUCUGUGCCCUGGGCCUCCGGGUGGACACUGGAGAAAACAGAGAUGAUACCCGUGGGAUGUUUCGGGGUAGCUGAUGGAGUGAUCAUGGUUAUGGACGGUUGCGGAUAGAAAUUAAGAGGCAGCGAAGCAGUAUAGAUAUUCUGACAUUGCUUGGUGUGACAUAGAUGGUUCUCAGCAUAUCUUUUAAGAUAUAUACAUCGAUGUCGUAGGCUUUUACGGACAACAUCUCGUCACGGUUACGGAACCUAACAUGGUUAUAGAAAUAGCAGCGUCUUCAAGCUUUGACAAUGAUCAUCAGUAUCAAAUCUGAUAAGCCC